AUGAAGCCCCCAGACCGCCCCGCCCCUGGCCGCACUGACCGGAUACUGGGGGUCAUGGGGGGCAUGCUGCGCGCAUGCGCCGUACCGGGGCAGGAGGGGCCCCGCGAGAGAAGCCCGCACGGGCCGAGCUGCAUCGGGUCAGAGGAUAAUUGUGGAGAGGGGGAUCCGAGAGGGGAGCGCGAAGGUGAGGUCCUUGCUGGCUGGGCUCCCCAUCCACAAUCUUACUCCAUUGCCGGCAGUGAGGGGAGUAUAUCAGCUUCUGCUGCCUCGGGUCUGCCUGGGCCUUCGGGCGCCAGCUCAGGCCUGAGCUCUGGACCCUGCUCCCCGGGUCCUCCAGCACCAGUCAGUGGCCUGAGGAGAUGGUUGGAUCAUUCCAAACACUGUAUUAAUGUGGACCCAGAGGCAGAUGGGAGUCAGGUGGGACCAUGCAAGAACUGGAUGCCUGAGCCAACUCGAGCCACAGAAGAGCUGCCAGAAUUAACCUUACUGACCACCUUACUAGAAGGUCCUGGAGAUCAGACACAGACUCCCCCAGAAGAGGAGGCUCUAUCUCAAGUACCUGAGAGUGAGGAAGAACAGAAGAAGGCGGCCCUGGAAAGGAGCAUGUACGUCCUGAGUGAACUGGUAGAAACAGAGAAAAUGUACGUGGAGGACUUGGGGCAUGUUGUGGAGGGCUACAUGGCCACCAUGGCAACUCAGGGGGUGCCUGAGAAUCUUCGUGGCCGGGACAGGAUUGUGUUCGGGAACAUCCAGCAGAUUUACGAGUGGCACCGAGACUAUUUCCUGCAGGAGCUACAGCGGUGCUUAAAGGAUCCUGAUUGGCUGGCUCAGCUAUUCAUCAAACACGAACGUCGGCUGCAUAUGUACGUGGUGUAUUGUCAGAACAAGCCCAAGUCAGAGCAUGUGGUGUCAGAGUUUGGGGACAGCUACUUUGAGGAGCUCCGACAGCAGUUGGGGCAUCGGCUGCAGCUCAACGACCUCCUCAUCAAACCCGUGCAGCGGAUCAUGAAAUAUCAGCUGCUGCUCAAGGAUUUUCUCAAGUAUUACAGCAGGGCUGGGAUGGCUACUGAAGAGCUAGAGCAAGCUGUGGAGGUCAUGUGCUUCGUGCCCAAGCGCUGCAAUGACAUGAUGACCUUGGGCAGGCUGCGGGGCUUCGAGGGCAAGCUGACCGCUCAGGGCAAGCUCUUGGGUCAGGAUACAUUCUGGGUCACAGAACCUGAGGCUGGAGGGCUACUCUCCGCCCGGGGUCGUGAGAGGCGCGUCUUCCUCUUCGAGCAAAUUGUCAUCUUCAGCGAGGCCCUGGGAGGAGGUGGGCGAGGAGGAACACAACCAGGAUACGUUUAUAAGAACAGCAUUAAGGUGAGCUGCCUGGGCCUGGAGGGGAACCUCCAAGGUGACCCUUGCCGCUUCGCGUUGACCUCCAGAGGGCCCGAGGGCGGAAUCCAGCGUUAUGUGCUACAGACGGCAGAGCCUGCGGUCAGUCAGGCCUGGAUCAAGCAAGUGGCACAAAUCCUGGAAAGCCAGCGGGACUUUCUUAAUGCAUUGCAGUCACCCAUCGAGUACCAGAGACGGGAGAGCCAGACCAAUAGCCUGGGGCGGCCAGGAGGCCCUGGCAUGGGGAGCCCCGGGAGAGGUCGGCCUGGUGAGCAGGCCCAGGUUGGCCCACGUGCGCCCAUCAACGGCUCUCUCCCUUCCCUGCUGCUGCCCAAGGGUGAGGCAGCCAGAGCCCCCCUGACCCUAGAAACACAGGAACUCCAGGACGUCCCCAGGGCUCCUCCGGACCCUCCCCCCGGCCCUCCAGUUCCUCCUACCCCUCCUGGCCUGGCCAGACUUGCCAAGCUGGAUGAAGAUGAGCUGUAA